AUGAGAUUUGAAACUCAACAAGUACAUGCUGGACAGGAUGUUGAUAGCGCUGUUAGAGCUAGAGCUCCACCAAUCUAUGCCUCAUCAUCUUUCGUAUUCACCGAUAGCGAGAAUGGGGCAAAUUUAUUCGGUUUAAAAGAAAACGGUUAUAUUUACUCCAGAAUUGGAAAUCCUACCAACACAACUUUUGAAAAUAGAAUUGCUGCAUUAGAAAAUGGUAAAAUGGGAAUUGCCACUAGUUCGGGUCAAGCUGCUCAAUUUUUAGCUAUUACCAGUUUAUGUCAUAGUGGUGAUAACUUCAUUACCAAUUCUUAUCUUUAUGGAGGAACUUAUAAUCAAUUCAAGGUCUACUUCAAGAAAUUAGGAAUUGAAGCUAGGUUCGUUACUGGUUCAAAUCAUGAUGAUAUCAUAUCAAAAAUUGACUCCAAGACCAAAGCCAUUUAUACUGAAUCAAUUGGAAAUCCGAAAUAUAUUGUUCCAGAUUUUGAAAAAUUAAGUAAAAUAGCUCACGACCAUGGUGUCCCAUUGGUAGUGGAUAAUACCUUUGGUGCUGGGGGUUAUUUGAUUAGACCUUUAGAUCAUGGUGCUGAUAUUGUAGUUCAUAGUGCUACCAAAUGGAUUGGUGGUCAUGGAACAACUAUUGGUGGAAUCGUUGUUGAUUCAGGUAAAUUUCCUUGGAAAGAUUAUCCUGAAAAAUUCCCCCAAUUCUCGGAACCUUCCGAAGGUUAUCAUGGUAUGAUUUUCAAUGAUGCCUUGGGCCCUGAUGCUUUUGGUGCUUAUUGUAAAGUUGAAGGUUUAAGAGACGGUGGUUCUGCAUUGAAUCCAUUUGGUGCUUUUUUGUUCUUACAAGGUUUAGAAACAUUAUCUUUAAGAGUUGAAAGACAAAGUGCCAAUGCUUUGGCUUUAGCAAAAUAUUUCGAAAAAUCCCCUCAUGUAGAAACUGUUAGUUAUUUGGGAUUAGAAAGUCAUGAAAGUCACGAAUUAAGUAAGAAAUAUUUGAAUAAUCCUGGUGUUUAUGGUGGUUGUCUUGCAAUUGAGGUCAAACCUUUCGAUAAACCAUCAGAAAAUAUAUUUAAAGAAGCUGCUCCACAAUUAGUUGAUAAUUUACAAUUAUUCAGUAAUUUAGCCAAUGUCGGUGAUUCCAAAUCAUUGGUUAUUGCUCCUUAUUAUACCACCCAUCAACAAUUAACUGAGCAAGAGAAAAUAGACUCAGGUGUUACCAAAGGAUUAAUCAGAUUAUCGAUUGGUACUGAACAUGUGGACGAUUUGAUCGAAGAUUUCGAACAAGCUUUCAAGAAAGUUUAUAAUUAA